GGAGCACUUCGAGCGGAUUGAGCAGAACUUCCGGCAGAACAGAGCUCGGCGGGACAGGAACAAAAUGGAUGAAGAGCCUGAAAGAACUAAGCGAUGGGAAGGAGGCUAUGAAAGAACAUGGGAGAUUCUUAAAGAAGAUGAAUCAGGAUCACUUAAAGCUACAAUUGAAGACAUUCUCUUCAAAGCGAAGAGAAAAAGGGUAUUUGAGCACCAUGGACAAGUUCGACUUGGAAUGAUGCGCCAUCUAUAUGUGGUAGUAGAUGGAUCGAGAACAAUGGAAGACCAAGAUUUAAAGCCAAAUAGACUGACAUGUACAUUAAAGUUGCUGGAAUACUUUGUAGAGGAAUAUUUUGAUCAAAAUCCUAUUAGUCAGAUUGGAAUAAUUGUAACAAAGAGUAAAAGAGCUGAAAAACUGACUGAACUCUCAGGAAACCCACGGAAACAUAUAACAUCUUUGAAGAAAGCUGUAGAUAUGACUUGCCAUGGAGAACCAUCUCUUUAUAACUCCUUAAGCAUGGCUAUGCAGACUCUAAAACACAUGCCCGGACAUACAAGUAGAGAAGUCCUAAUCAUCUUUAGCAGCCUCACAACCUGUGAUCCCUCUAACAUCUAUGAUUUAAUUAAGACCCUAAAGGCGGCUAAAGUCAGAGUGUCUAUUAUUGGAUUGUCUGCAGAGGUUCGAGUAUGCACUGCGCUUGCUCGUGAAACUGGUGGCACGUACCAUGUUAUUUUAGAUGAAAGCCAUUACAAAGAAUUGUUAACACAUCAUGUUAGUCCUCCUCCUGCUAGCUCAAAUUCUGAAUGCUCACUUAUUCGAAUGGGAUUUCCUCAGCAUACCAUUGCUUCUCUGUCUGACCAAGAUGCAAAACCCUCUUUCAGCAUGGCGCAUCUGGAUAGCAACACUGAGCCAGGACUUACAUUAGGAGGCUAUUUCUGCCCACAGUGUCGGGCAAAGUACUGUGAGCUUCCUGUUGAAUGUAAAAUCUGUGGUCUUACUUUGGUGUCUGCUCCCCACUUAGCACGGUCUUACCAUCAUUUAUUUCCUUUGGAUGCUUUUCAAGAAAUUUCCCUAGAAGAACAUAAUGGAGAAAGGUUUUGUUAUGCCUGUCAGGGGGAAUUGAAAGACCAACAUGUCUAUGUUUGCAGUGUGUGCCAGAAUGUGUUCUGUGUGGACUGUGAUGUUUUUGUUCAUGACUCUCUUCAUUGUUGUCCUGGCUGUAUUCAUAAGAUUCCAGUUCCUUCGGGUAUUUGAUUCCAGCAUGUAAUACACAUUGAAUGAGUCAAAAAGAAAUUUGCAACUGUAAAUAAAAUGAUUCUUUAGUAGAAACUCCAGUUAAAAUAUCAAGAACAGUUUGAAAGGAAAAUCUGGUUUCAGAAACCUGUUGCUUUAAAGCGUCCUCUAUAAUGAUUGGUUAAGUUUUCACUUAAUGGAGUCUAUCUAAUACCACCAUUUUGGUGGUUUGUUAUCUGAUUUACCUUAUAGUUCAGGUUAAUGAAUUAUCCUUGUUAGCCUCACUAAGGUUCAUACCCAAGGACUGUUUAACUUAAUCCUCCUCAACUUUCCUACUCUAGGUCAUCGGAAGAAUAUAGGUGAGAAUGUAUGAUGAGGUCUGUGUUUCAGGUUCAAUGAAGGUGUACUGCUGUAGGCAGAAAGGCAGAACUCUUUUUAGGGUGUACCCUUCUGAGAGUGAAUCAAAUUUCCAUAGCAAAGUAAGUGUAUUUUACAUUUACAAACUUUGGUCAUUCUAGAUUGAGUUUCAUUAUGAUAUUCAUGAUUUUAUAAAUAAUAAGUCUUAGUGAAGAACAUUAUCAGUAAAUACAGGGUAAUCCCAUCCUGAAGAGUCUAUUCAGUAAGUCUUGGGGGGAGCCCAGGAAUAUGCUUUUUUUUUUUUUCAGUUA